ACUCAUUCUCCAAUUUCACAUGAGCUUUGACGCGUCGGAACAUCAGACCAAAGGGAAACACUCUUAUGCCUGGAUUAGUGAGCUAGAUCGGCCAUGCACCCCCGGAUAUUCACAGGACAGUGGGUACCGGCCCGGCUCUCGCAUGGAUGAUGGCCUCCCAGUUUUCGACUUCUUUUUUCUCUCUGAAUCCCGACUUGGCUGCCACUUCCCCGGACCGCAGCCAGCCACAGCAAGUCCCUCCCCCAACCACAGCCGAGGGACACAGUCGGCCUCCUCCCAACAUGCCUCACUCAGAAAGAAGCGCAGCUGCCCCCAGCAGCGACAGCAUCGACCACGGCGUGGCUGACGAAGGAAGUAUCACUGGCAACACCAACAACUCGGCACCGAAGAUGGCACCCUCCAGAAAGAAAAGGGGCACUGCUGCCGCUGUAAAGGCCCCUACGAAACGCGCUCGUCCUGGCACCGGCUCCAAGAAAACCAAGGGGGGAGGGAGUAAAAAGGCCAAGACGGAUGCCCCGGCCAAGCAGCCCAACGCCGCUGAUGUCGCCGAUGGCGAUGGCAACUCGAGCGAGUCGGACAACGGCCCCUACUGCCUGUGCCGGGGACCCGACGACCACCGCUUCAUGAUUGCGUGCGACCGCUGCGAGGACUGGUUCCACGGCGAGUGCAUCGGUAUGGACAAGCACACGGGCGAGAAUCUGGUGCAAAAGUACAUCUGCCCAAACUGCACUGACGGCGGCCGGUACACGACUCGCUACAAGAAGAUGUGCUCCCUCACCGGCUGCUCUAACCCAGCCCGCGUCUACGACUCGGCCCGGCCGAGCAUCUUUUGCUCGUCCGAGCAUUGUCAGACAUGGUGGGAGCAGCUGAUCGCGACCCUGCCCCGAUCCAAAGCCGCCUCCGCCACCGACUACCUCACCCAAGAAGAAUUCAUGGGUCUCUUAGACGCUCCCCGCCCACGCUCCUCCCAGGACGACGACGCCGCCGCCGCGUGGCGCCUAGGCAGACCGCCCUUCGAAACGCCGCCAAACUUCUGGGACCUACCCAGCUCCUCCUCUGCCCUCACGCCCGAGGAACAGUCCUUCCUGACCGAGUCUGCCUCGGCGCGCUACCAGCUCGGCGAGGAGAUCGUCCUGUGCAAGAAGAUGCUCCAGCUGGUCGAGAUGGCGCUCAAGCAGCGCGAGGAGGCCAUCGCAGCAGGCAAGGGCAGCGCGAAGGACCUGUGCGGAUACGACAACCGCCUCGACACGGUCGGCGCGACCCACCAGUUUGCCCUCUUCCUCCAGACUCCGCACGGCGAAUCCAUCUUCAAAGCCGGCCGCUUAUUAGACCCCUGUGCGCUCAACGCUACCAAAUCCAAUAACGGCACCAGCGACGGCGCAAAUCGUGAUGAGGAAGAACAACCAUCACAACAACAGCCGCCGGGGAACACCACCAACAGCAGCAGUAAUAUCGCCAGCGACCCGGACUUCCCGACAAUGUGCGCCAAGAAGAAGUGCAAGCCGCACAGCGGGUGGAGCGCCCUGCUGACCAAGACGGUGCGGCACGACAUGAAGGAGCUGGCGGCGCAGGCCAAGGAGAUGCUCGACGCCGAGCAGCGCGUGCGGGACGGCGCCGCGGGGCGGUUCCGGCGGCAGAUGAGAGAGGGGAACGGGGUGAUGGUAGUCCGUGAUGGUUGGGAUGGAGAUGGGGAUGGCGUUGGAAUGGAUGUUGAUGGGUGACGACACCUAAUUUGAUAUAAAGAAUUGCAGCAGUCCGAGGAGGUGGACAAGUUGGGAAAUAGAAUGGGGAAAGAGAGAUUGGUUUGAUUAUGGUCAGAAUAACUUUGUAAUGGAACGGGGACCUUGAGUGUGAUACCGGCGGAUGGGAACAUGGGCUUCAAGGAGUUCGAGGAGGUGAGGUCUUGUAAGAGAUGAUACUGGAUAUGAUGAUUCACUUACUCCUCAUCAGGGUUUAUUGAGAAGCCGACGGGAGCGUCUUGGGUCUGAACUCAAACUCAUCAGAAAUCUAUAAUACACUCGUGUCUAACUGAUAGCCGCC